AUGGACGCCUCCGUCAUCGACGCCUUCGUGGGCGACUAUGGAAACGACAAUAUCGACGAUUCAGACCACCUGUCCGAGCGCUCGGCUGAUGAAGGCAGUGACCACGAGCAGUCCGAUGCCGGUGGUGGUGAUGAUGUGAAAAUUGAAGAGGACGACGACGACGGUCCAAAAGCCCAGCUCCUCGAACACUUGCAGUCGGAGUUGCGCAAGCUCACGCUCGAGGCCGAGACGGUCCUCUCCCGGCAGCCGCGCAGCACGCAGAAGGUCUUUGCAGCCGAGACCAAGGUCCUCUUUGACGACUACAAGCGCUUCGGCUCCAUGGCGCGCCUCAAGGUCGGGGUCGACAGGUUCUUGAAGCUGGGUGACGAGAAGGGGAGGUUGCGCAUCGAGAAGGAAGAGGAGAAGGAUAAACACAAGGACGACCAGGAUAUGACCACAGCGGCACGACAGCAGUCCCCAUCUGCAGCUGCCGCCGUGCCCAAAAGACCGGCGCAUUACGGCGAGGCGUUCAUGCUCAACGACACCGAAGACGACGACAAGAUCAAGUUCGACCCGGAGCUCGCCUUUCCCCAGACGCGCUGCACGGACAACAACGACCACGCGGAGCAAGAGGAGGAACACCUUUCCGACUUGGAAAACCUGGGGUUUGACUUCGACUUGAAGGCGGGCGACGCGCUGCCCACGCACCCUCUGCGCACCAUCGACCCGGACUCGAUCCCGUACGUGACGACGCUACCGUGGGACCCGAUCGCGACCAAGGUCAGCUGGCCAGACCAGCGCACGUGGCCGAAGGGCCUGCUGGGCAACCUGAACAAGAUCCUGACCGUGGAGGACGCGGCGGCGCGUGAGCGGCUGUUCCACCACGUGAGCAAGUACGGUCCCGCGCCCGUGCUGCGGGCCGGCAUCGCGGCGCAGCUGCGGCACGAGUACAGCAGCAUCUUCACCAGCGCGGGCGACCACUACCUGGGGCUGAGCGGCAAGACGCGCGCGUUCCUGCGCUCCGUGCACACCCGCCACCGCCGGCCGGCGCUCAACGUCGCCGAACGCCGCCUGCUCGCCCUGGUGUGCCGCGUCGCCGAGGACUCGGUGCAGAUGUUCUGGGAGGACGCGGCUAAGGACCUGAAGGCGUACCACGCCAUGCGCAUCUUCAUGGCGGCCCGCGAAAUCGAGCGCGAUGAACACGCCCGCAAGACGGAGCCCCAAAGACCCCCCCGCGCGACGAUCGGCACUCGCACUCCUCGUCGCACUCACCCGGGCAGCGACAGCCAAAGCCAGGCGCGCAGGGCCGACGUGCUCAGGGACCACAUCAAGAGGUUCAACGAGUUUCGACGCGACGUUGCUGGUAGCGCGGCUGGGGAUGGCAAUGCGGCCGGUGCGAGUACGUGA